AUGGCUCAGAUGUUGAACAAGGCUAAAGAUUUUGUAGCAGAAAAGAUAGCACAUGUGAAGAAACCAGAAGCCGAUUUGAAAGAUGUAGACCUGAAACACGUUAGUCGGGACUCAGCCAAUUUUGUCAGCAAGCUCGCCAUCCACAACCCAUACGAUCAUUCUCUUCCAAUCUGUGAAGUUUCUUACACUCUUAAAAGUGCUAACAGGGUAAUUGCGUCUGGUACGAUGCCAGAUCCAGGAUCGCUAAAUGCGAAACAAGAGACGAUGCUGGAGCUACCAAUGAAAGUGCCAUAUGAUGUGUUGGUGAGUUUGGCAAGGGAUGUUGGGUCCGACUGGGACAUAGAUUAUGAGCUUCAUGUUGGUCUAACUAUUGAUCUCCCUGUCGUUGGAAAUUUCACUCUUCCUCUCACCAAAAAAGGGGAGCUUAGGCUUCCAACACUCUCUUCUCUUUUCUGA